GAGAAUAUGAUCCUUUUCCCGCCAUUUUGUUCCCCAAGCCCAAUAUUUUGGCGCGAGGGUUCAGAAACUGGAAAAGCAACUCAAACAGCAUCACCGAUUGAGAUUGCACCGUACUGCUUUAGCAUCGGCGCCGCAAGAGAAGAGAAAAAGCGAUGGAAAUUGUCCGACCUCAUAGUCACAGGAACCUGUUUUCCAGUAACGACGCCGCAUCUGCUCCAACUAUUCCCCUCUAUCGCUCUGCUCCGCCACUCGAAGUCAGACUCGAAGAUUUCGAGUCUUUCGCCAUCGAUCGCCUCCGAGUUCUGAAGGGAAUUUCUGAUGGGUUGUCACGGGGAAAGAAACCAGAUGAAAUGGAAAAAUUGGUAAGUGAACUGUGGAAAGUGAACAUGAGACAUCAGCAUGCUUCUGAGGUUUUGAACAAGGAUAUUAUAUCUCAUUUUGUGUUACGCUUAGUGUAUUGCAGAACGGAGGACUUGAGGAAAUGGUUUCUCUCUAUGGAAUGUGCACUUUUUCGCUACCGUUUUCGUUUUCUAACUGCCGAAGCUCAGAGGGCAAUCAUGGAUGAAUUUGACAUAACUUGCAAGGCUGUUAACAUUAUGGAAUUUGAGAGCAUUAAAGAGAAAUUGGGACAAGUUGCACGUUCCAUGGGUCAGCCUUUACCCACAGGCGAUGCAAUCUUUUACAAGGUACCAUUUGAAGAUGUUCCAGAACUUGUAGCUGGGCGUAGAGUGUUGUUAAGUCAAGGAUAUGCUUAUGUUGCAAUGAAUCAGGUUGUUUCACUUGUAGCCACUCUAUUCCGUAGUCAGCUGUCAAAGACACUCAUCCUUACAAACAGAAAAUGGACAUCAUCAAUCAGAGAACAGGAGAAACAUAGGCUGACUCCGAUUGUGGAAGCCUUGUGCUCAAGUUAUCUAGGUCCUGAUUUUUCUCAGCCUAAGGAAUAUGCUGAGAUAUCUUUAAAGGACAUUGAUCAACUUGCCAAGACCUCAUUUCCUUUGUGCAUGCGUCACCAGUUUGACAAGCUGAAAGAGGACCAUCAUUUAAAGCACGGUGGGAGGAUGCAACUAGGCCUCUUUCUCAAGGGUGUUGGUUUGAACCUGGAUGAUGCACUUGCAUUUUGGAGAGCUGAGUUCUCUAAGAAGGUUGGUUUGGAGAAGUUUGAGAAAGAAUAUGCAUAUACCAUUCGCCAUAAUUAUGGAAAGGAAGGGAAGAGAACUGAUUAUACUCCCUAUUCUUGUUAUAAAAUUAUCUCAUCAACUCCCGGUGCUGGAGAUCAUCAUGGUUGCCCCUAUCGACACUUCAGUGAAGAGAAUCUAAGAGCUGCUCUCAGCCGAAUGGGGGUGAACAGUCGAGCAAUGGAAGAUGUCAUGAACAAAGUGCGAAAUAGACAUUAUCAGUUAGCAUGUACCUUAACAUUUGAAGCUCUUCAUGGCGUGCCAUGUGAUGCUGGGAUUAACCAUCCAAAUCAAUAUUUCAAUGACAGUCAAAAGAUAUUGCAGCCAAAGAAGGACUCUUCGACUUAAACUAUUUUAUUAUAGGAGAGUGAUGCAGGGGCAGUCAUUCACAGUAGCAAUUGAUCUACAGAUGCAGACACGGUGAUAUCUUUAACCAGCUUCCAAAGCGAUUCUAAGGUGGAAUUAGGCAUUCUAGUUAUAUAUUAUCCUACAAGUUUUCAGUUGGGAAUCUGGCACGAUAAUACUGCAUUUCUAUAUUGUUCACAUCUCUGUAGAGAUUGGCCUGCAUGUAAUCUGAUUAUAGGGAAUGGAUCUUGAUAUUUGUGUUAAUCGCGGAUCAUAAAUGUCAAUAAGUUUUGAUAGGUUUUUUACCUCUUGAAUGUUUAUCAAGGGAUGACACAUUUCCUACUUGUAAAGUUUUAGCAUUGAAAGAAUUCAUUCCCCAUGUUAGUUUAUUCAAGAA